AUGGCUAGCGAGGACCUCAACUUACGGGUCCAACAGCUGUCGCAGUCGCUCUUGGAUAAAGAGCGCGAUCUCGUAGCCAGCCGGAAUAGCCAUGCCUUCCUUAAACAAGACUUGGAAGCUGCACAAGCGCAGCUGUCAGCAGCCCGCGAGGAGCUGCGGAAUGAAGCGACAAAAAACUCGCUAUUGGAGCAGCGCCUCAAGCGCAUAACAGACGAGCUGCAGCAGACCCGCAACGAUCUGGCUAGCUCCGUAUCGGAGCGUGACACGCUUAACCGAACACUUGGGCGCGUUCAUGACCAGCUUAACAACCUUAAGUCAGAAUCUGCGGCCAAGAGCCUCCAGAUCACAGAACUCCAGCUCCAUUACGAUGGCGUCCUAGCUGCCAAGGAGGAGUCCAUCCGCAGCCUUCAGGCGCUCCUAGACAGCCAGCAAAAGCAGCUUCUGGAGCAGCAAGCCGUAUGGGAGGAACAGAAACGCAGUCUCAAGGCCAGUUUGGUGGACUCCUCCUCCGACAAGCGCGCCGCCGCAGGCCAGUUGGCGCUGGCACAGGCACAGGCCGUCGGCGCGGCGGCACAAGCCGCCGCGCUGGCGGACCUGCGCGCGAAGCUGGCCGCGGCUGAAACCGCGGCACUGAAAGCCGCGGAGCGGGAACACAAGCUUAUUGAGUUACUGCGACACCGAGAACGUCAGGUCGUAAAGCUAAAGCAGAAGCGGAAUAGCCAGAGCGGCGCCGCCGCCACCGCCGGCCGUAACACUGCUGGCGGCGCCGCCGCCCCCGUGGCAGCCGCCAGCCCCGGCUGCGGCAGUGGCGGUAAGCCACACCGCGAAGUCGUCGAAGACCGUGAACGCGGUGGAGCCGACGCUCUUGGCGGUGGCGGUGGACGCAGCGGCGGCGGGGGCGGUGUCAGCAUCGCCGCACGGCUCGCCGGCGCCAGGGUUCUGUUCGCCGGAGGCGUUAGCAGCGAAGAGGACAGUUUCUUUGCGGACACAGCCACAUCGCAAGAGAUGAGUGCUGCUUCUCCGCUUCGACGAUCUGGCACGACAACUGGCGGGUCCAAGGCGUCUUCGGCCCGGGACAGCUCCAGCAAUAACUCCCUGCACCUGGCGUUGCAGGAGGAACGGCGGCGGCACGAGGCGGUCAGGUCCCGGCUGGCCUCUGCGGAGCGGGAAGCGGAUGACUUGCGGACGCAGCUGUCCAGGCUGCGGGCUCAGUUGGCGGAGGCGGCUGCUGCUGCUGCUGCCGGGUCUGGCGGAGGCUCCAACGUGCAGCUGGCGGAUGAGCUGCUGCGUGCGCACCGCAAGAUUCAGGAGCUUGAAACCCAGCUCAGACGGGCGAGGGACGGAGUCGUCAUGGCCGCGUCCGAAGCCGCGGCGUCCACCUCUCCCACAGUCAGCGCCUCCCGGGUCGGCGGCGGCACCCCCGACGGCAGUGGCAGCGGCGGCGCCGCCGACCUGCUGACGCCGCUGGAGCAUCUGGCCCUUGUACGGCAGCGGCUGGUACGGCAACGGCAGGAGUUCGAGCAGUUGCUGGAGCGCGUUGUGGCGGGCGAUGCGGUGUUGCUGCGUAGCGCUCCUGGCGGGGUGCUGAUGCCGGAGGACGUCAAGGGCCUUAUGGAAAGGCACCUCUCCAGGAUCGACACGCUGGCGUCCAUGUCAGCUCUUCCGGAGGGACGUCGCCUUGGUGACCCCCUAGGCGGUGGCUUCUGCGGCGGCGGCAGCCAAAGCCAAGGCCAUCAGAACCCAGGCCAGCAUCAGCAGCAGUACCAGCACAGUCUGUUUGUGGUUCGAGCGGCGUGGAGUACCCUGCGGCGGGCGCUGAUGUCGUUGCAGGAGGGGGUGUCGUCCUCGCUGGACGUCAAGGCCAACCCCGCGGUAGCCUACCUGCAGGGGGCCGACUUCCUGUCCCGCAUCAUGCGCGAGUGGACUGUGGGCGACAAGGUGGCGCUGGAUACGGCAGUGGAGAGCUCCAUGAGCGCAGCGGUGGCGCUGGUGCAGGAGGCGGCGACGCGGUUGCAGGCCCAUGCCGUAGAUUCGGGUGUGGUACGGCAGCAACUUCAGGAGGCGCAGGACGAAGUGGCUCAGUUGCGGCUAACUAAUAACAUGGUGCAGGCGGAGGGCGAUCGCCGUCUUGCGGAGAAGCGGGUAGAGUUGGAAGAGCUACGGAGCGCGAUGGAGCGGGCACGGUCGGAGGCGGCGGUAGCGCAGGCGAGUGGUUGUGUGGGUCGGGAGGCGAGUGGUUGUGUGGGUCGGGAGGCGAGUGGUUAUGUGGGUCGGGAGGCGAGUGGUUGUGUGGGUCGGGAGGCGAGUGGUUAUGUGGGUCGGGAGGCGAGUGGUUAUGUUGGGGGUUCGAAAGAGGAUAACGAGGGCAUGGGGUUCCAGGAGGCUCGAGGGUGGAGGCACCCCGCGCGGCCGCGUGAUCGUAAUCACUUCAGGAGGCUGGGCUGGGCGGUUUGGAUGGUUUGGAAGAAAGAGGCGGCUGCGCGUCUGAGCGAGUUGGAGGCGGCCCGGACCCGAGCGGAGGCGGCCGAGGCGGCUGUGCAGCGGGCCGAGGCGGCGGCGGCAGCGGCAGAUGCGGAGCGCAACCGGCUGCGAAAGAACCUGACGGCGCUGGAGGGAGACAAGGGCAGUGCCGAGGCCGCUGCUCACUCCAGGGAGGAGGAGCGAAUGAAGCUGAUGCGAGCACUGAGUGACGCGAACGCCACUAUUGCGCUGCUGCACGACAGGCUGGAUGCCUACCAGGCUGUCGGCAACAGCCAGAUCAACGCCCUCAAACAUAAGAUCCGUGACGUGGUCACCGCGCUGGAGUCGCCCAGCCUGCCGCAGCUCCAUGCCAUGAUGGUGACGGCGGCUGCCGACGGCGACGCGGCCGCCGCUGCAGCAGACGGCGCCGACCUGGCGGCAGCGGCGGCGGCGGGCGUGGGGCCGGUUCGCAUCAUCGCCACCACCACCGCCGCCGCCAACAACAGCGGCACUCCGCGACGCGCGGCCAGGCGGCCGGGGGGUGUCCUGUCGGAGACCUCUCUGAACUCCCUGGCGCUGGGGAUUCGGACGCCAAGCAACGGCGGCGCUGCCGCCGAAGGCGGCGCAGACGAUCCGAUCGCUGUGAGCGGCAGCCUGGUGGCGGCGCUGGACUCCGCCGCCGUCAGCUGCAGCGCCGCACUUCACCGCCUGGCGCUUCUGGAAAUGGCGCACCACGACGUGGAUCGCGGCGUUGCGGCGGUUGCGGCGGUGCGGGCGCAGCUGGCGAGCGCCACGGCGGAGAUGGCCGCGGGCAGGUGGAUGGUGGAUGGGGUUUCCUUCGGCGAUGUCCUCCUCACGGAGCUGCUACACAUGCUGGAUGACUCCGCAAGCAUGCCCUUCGCCGGCGGCGCGGCGGUGGCGAGUCAAGGGCCGUCACCGGCCCAUGGGUCGGCUGGGUUGCACACGCCGCGCGCGAAGAGCGCCUCCUCGGCCCCAUGGGCCGGCGGCGGCGGUGGCGGCGGCACGUGCAGUGCAAUGGCACUGCGGGCUCAGCUGGCUGUUGCACGGGACCAGAGCCAGCACUUGAUGCGGCACCUGAAAAACAUGGAGGGGCUGCUGCUGGCACUCAAGUCCGCGUUGCCCGAGUGGCUUGAGCUCGCCACCGCCCGUCUGUCCGCCCGACACCGCACGGAGCUCAGUCGGCUGCGGGGCACCCUGGGGGGGCAGCUGGCGGCGCUGCGACGGGACCUGCGGGACAUGAAAGCCAGCUGCCACGCCACCUUGGCGGACACGGCGGCGGCGGCCGAGGAGGCGCUACAGCAGCUGGACAUAAGCUCUUUUAGUCGGCGUCGCUACGUUACAAGUUACAAGUUCCGCACACAAGUGCGGCCGGGCGGCCUGUCGUACACCUUGGUCCGCACGGUGGUGUCGGCGGCGCGUGUGCUCCCGGACCUCCGCGCCAGCUGUGAAAAAAUUCGGCGUGACGUCGUAAUUCUGGUCGCGGAGCGAGACCGGGUGCGGGCCGCCGCCGUCGCCGCCGUCGCCAAUACGACAUUGGUCGUACGGUCGGUGGCGGAGGCAACGCCGCUACCGGAGGUGCUUGUGCUAGCGUUGCUGAACCAGCUCACCUCUCCGGAGCAGGGCCUUACGCCCUUCUGGUGCGCCAAGCUGCGGGAGUGCGUGGCGGCGCAGAUGGCGGCGGCCCAGGCGGCCGCUGCGGAGGGGGUGGUGAAGUUGCAGGUGGAGCCGCUGCGCCUUGAUGUGGACCGUCUCAACAGCGAACUGAAGGCCUCCAAGCGCAGAAUCGCGCUGCUGCAGGCCCAGGCUGCUCGCUUUCUUGAGGACAGCGGCACGGCUCUGGAAUCGUGCCGGAGGGCUGCGGGCGAGGCGGCUGCUGCGGUGCUGGAUUCCGUCAUGGCGGGAGUGCGGGAGGAGGUAGCGGCUGUGCGGUCGCAAGUAGCUGAAUUGGAAUCGGACAGCUCAGACGUGCUUCGAAAGACCAACGCCGCGUGGUCUGAGCAGCUGGCGACGGUGCGGGCCAGCAGCUCGGCAGCGGUGGCGGCGCUGGAGGAGAGUGUCACCGUGCUGCAGUCGCAGUUGGGCAGUGAGGCGGAUGCAUACGAUGCACUCAAGGCGGAGAGCGAAGCGGCGGUAAAGGAGGCGGCUGCUCGUGUGGCGGCGGAGGAGCAGCGCCUGCGCACCCUAGCCGCCGAACUGGCGGCGGCCAAGGAACGCUUGACGGCGCUCGAGGCGGCGGAGACCACUUUGGAGGGUGAGAACCGCGGACUUCGCAAGGCGCUGCGGCAGCGGGAGAUGCUGGCUAUGGGGCUGAUGCAACAGCAGCAACAGGACGAAGAGCAACAACAGCAGCAGCAGCGCCAACGUUCCGGGGCAGGAGUAGCUUUCACUUCGCGCGGUGGAAUGCGGGACUCCACAGGGGCGUGA